AUGAUAGAUACAUAUAAUUUUCAUCUUGGUGAAGUUUUUAAGAACAUGGGCUUACUCUGCAGUAGACACAAACGUGGUAAUCAAGCUAACACUGAAGAAAAUGUGCAGGCUGCAGAAAUAGAAAGGCGUAUUGAGCAAGAAACAAAGGCAGAGAAACAUAUUCAGAAGCUUCUAUUACUUGGUGCGGGAGAAUCAGGGAAGUCUACUAUUUUCAAACAGAUAAAACUACUGUUUCAAACUGGCUUUGAUGAGAGAGAGCUUCAGAGCUACACCUCAGUCAUCCAUGCAAAUGUCUAUCAGACAAUAAAAAUUUUACACGAUGGGGCAAAAGAAUUGGCUCUAAGUGAAGGAGACGCUUCAAAGUAUGGCUUAUCUGUUGACAAUAAGGAAAUCGGAGAGAAACUAUCGGAAAUUGGAGGGAGAUUGGAUUAUCCACGUCUUACUGAAGAACUCGUUGAGGAGAUUUUAAAGAUAUGGAAAGAUCCAGCUAUACAGGAAACAUAUGCUCGUGGGAAUGAACUUCAAGUUCCCGAUUGUGCUGAUUAUUUCAUGGAAAAUCUGCAGAGAUUAUCAGAUCCAAAUUAUAUUCCUACCAAGGAGGAUGUUCUCCAUGCGCGUGUUCGUACAACCGGUGUUGUAGAAAUCCAGUUCAGCCCUGUUGGGGAGAACAAAAAAAGCGGGGAAGUAUAUAGACUUUUUGAUGUCGGAGGCCAGAGAAACGAGCGAAGGAAGUGGAUUCAUUUAUUUGAAGGUGUUACAGCUGUCAUAUUUUGCGCUGCUAUUAGCGAGUAUGAUCAAACGUUGUUUGAAGAUGAAAACAGGAACAGAAUGAUGGAGACGAAAGAACUCUUUGAAUGGGUCCUCAAACAAAAAUGUUUCGAGAAAACGUCUUUCAUGCUGUUUCUAAACAAGUUUGACAUCUUCGAGAAAAAGGUUUCAAAAGUGCCUCUGAACGUAUGUGAUUGGUUCAAAGAUUAUCAGCCAGUUUCAACGGGAAAGCAACAAGUUGAACAUGCAUAUGAGUUUGUGAAGAAGAAAUUUGAAGAGUUGUACUAUCAGAACGUGACAUGUGACCACCAGGAUCGUGUGUUCAAGAUCUACAGAACCACUGCUCUUGACCAGAAACUUGUGAAGAAAACAUUCAAAUUGGUAGAUGAAACCCUAAGAAGGAGAAACCUCUUUGAAGCAGGCUUAUUGUGACACAUAUCAUCAUUUUCAAAGCCUAAAAAUGUCAAUAUUUCCAUUUCAUUUCAUUUCACCAAAAUUCUUUUUGACAAUUAAUCCGUAUUAUUAUUAUCAUUAUCAUUGGUAUUUCACAGGUUAAAGAAAUAUGGUUUCAUUGGUUCGUUUUAGACCCAACCCUUUUUUCAUGUAUUACCUGGGAUAUUUUCACAUAUAUUUCUCCAUGUAUGUAGCUUUCUUGGUAAUAUAUAAUAUAAAAUUGUCGGAUUUUAUAAUUAUAUAUACAUCUCCUUUUAGGGUAUUCACAUUUUGGUUAUUGUUAUGUUCCUUUUAGUGUUGGUGUAGACAUGUAUGUAUUUUUUUUAUUGGUAUAAACCCAGUAAAC